AUGGGGGAUGGAGGUUUGGGAGAAACCCUCAUUCCUGCCAUCAACAAGCUCCAGGACAUAUUUUCACAGGUCACGAUAGACUUCAGAUUGGACUUGCCCCAGGUGGCCGUUGUUGGCAGCCAAAGCAGCGGAAAGUCUAGUGUGUUAGAAGCCCUUGUGGGCCGAGACUUCUUGCCUCGUGGUCCAGAGAUUUGCACAAGAAGGCCAUUGUUGCUCCAGCUGGUGAAGCAAGCAGCAGGGAGCGGCAAAGCUGCCGAAUGGGGGGAGUUCCUGCACUGCCCAGGCAAGCAUCCUCCCAUUGGCAACUUCACUCGCUUCUAUGACUUUGAACGGAUCCGCCAGGAGAUCCUCACAGAGACAGAGCGGACGGUUGGUCACAACAAGGGCAUUUCAGACAAGCCCAUCCGCCUGAAGAUCUACAGCCCCAACGUCCUGACGAUGACAUUGGUGGACCUGCCAGGCAUUGCAAAGGUUCCUGUGGGCGAUCAGCCGAGUGACAUUGAGAAGAGGAUCCGCAAGAUGGUGCUGGAGUACAUCCGCCACCCGACAUGCGUGAUCCUGGCUGUAUCCGCUGCAAAUGCUGACCUGGUGAACAGCGAUGCGCUGGAGCUGGCCCGAGCUGCUGACCCUGAAGGAAGGCGCACUGUCGGUGUGCUGACCAAGCUGGACAUUAUGGACCGAGGAACAGAUGCAGCAGCAAUCCUGAGGAAUGAGGUGGUGCCUCUGCGACUGGGCUAUAUCGGCAUGGUCAACCGCAGCCAGGCAGACAUCAACACGCGCAGGAGCAUCCGAGACGCCAUUGCCGCAGAAACAGCGUUCUUCGAGUCGCACCCCGCAUACCAAGAGGCGAAGGAGCAGUGUGGGAGGACUGCCCUGUCGGGCUCUUUGAACCGGGUAUUGGUGGAGCACAUCCGUGCAUCGCUGCCCACACUACGGACACGGCUGGAGGAGGCCUUGGAGAAAUGCCACACCGAGCUGCGCAUCUAUGGCGACGCCCCUCCCGGCCAGACAAACGCUGCCAGGGGUGCACUGCUGUUGCAGCUACUGGACAGCUAUGCUGUGCGCUACAGUGAGAUGCUGGACGGCCGCAGCGAGCACCUGCCCGUCAACGAGCUCGCCGGCGGUGCUCGCAUCCGCCAUAUCUUCCUGGACAUCUUUGUGAACGGCCUGCAAGAGCUCAAUCCCUCCAGCGAGUUGACGGAUGAUGACGUGCGAACCGCGAUCAAGAACAGCGGCGGUGUGCGCGGAUCCCUGCUGAUCCCCGACGCUCCCUUUGAGCUGCUGGUACGGCGGGCCAUCUCCCGGCUGCUCACGCCCUCGCUGCAGUGCAAGGAGUUCGUGCAUGCCGAGCUGCUGCGCAUCGCUGCCCAGUGUGCCCCUCCAGACAUCGCGCGCUUCCCCAAGCUCAAGGCACACCUGAUAUCUGAGGUGGAGGAGUUUGUGAACAGCGGUGCCGCGCCGGCCGAGCGCAUGAUUCGCGAUGUCAUCGACUGCGAGCACUCCUACAUCAACACCGACCACCCCAGCUUCAUCGGGGGCAGCCGCGCAAUCGCUCAGGCCCCCGAGCCGUCCCCCGCGGCCGGUCCCGCCGCGCACAAGUGGUUCUCCAACUGGUUCGGCUCCAGCCACGACGGCGGCCCCUCAGAGAAUGGCCAUGACUCCCCGCUGCCCCAGCCGCCCUUUACGCUGCGGGUGCCGACGAGUAUCACGGAGCAGGAGGAGGUCCAGGUGGAGGUGACGCGGCUGCUGGUGGAGUGCUACUUUGACAUCGUGCGCGCCAACCUACAGGAUGCGGUGCCCAAGGCAGUAAUGCACUUCCUGGUGCUGCGCGUGCAGCGGGGCCUCCAGCAGCACCUCAUCAAGACUCUGUACAGGGAGGAUCUGUUCAAGGAUAUGAUGUCGGAGCGCGAGGACGUGGCGGCCAAGAGGAACAAGUGCCUGGGCGCGCAGCAGGCCUUCCGCGAGGCCCUGGCUGCCCUGGAAGCCCUGCCGCAGCAGCUCACCGCCCUUGCCGGCCGCACCACCUCCCAGGCCCUUCCACCAGAUGCAGCCUCCUGGUCCGAGCCGGCGCCCAUUUCCAAAAGCAGCACCGGGGUUCUGGGGUCAACACCUCCUACUCCGAGCCUGCGGUCUCACAACUCCUCGCCACUUAGGCCACCACGAGUCAGCCAGCCGUACCACUCCCCUCCCAUCACAGUUUCAGGCGUGACAGCCUAG